GAUGAAGAUGAUGAAACAAGGGCCACAGAACCAAAGAAGAUAACAUGUAAGGUGAAAGGUAGAUAUUACUUUGUUUCCUGUGUGGGGGGAUGACUCUGGCUUUGAGGUCAUCACCAUUGACAAUACAAUCACCAUUCCAUCCAAGAAAACCUACUAGAACAUGGAGAGGGGGUGCUCCUGCAUGCAUCAGGAGGAGAUCAUGGACUUGUUGCUCUGCUAAUUCUCAACCACUCACUUCUCCUCGCCCUGCUGUCAUUCUUCCGGGGUUGGGAAACAACACGAGUGACUAUCAACAGUUAGUACUAACAUUACAAGACUAUGGAGUCCCAACUGUGGUGGCAAAUGUUGCAAGGAUUGACUGGCUUAGGAAUGCUGCUGGUUUACUGGAUCCUAAUUACUGGAGUGGCACACUCCAGCCUCGUCCCGUUCUUGAUUGGUACUUGAAUCGGGUUGAUGAGGCCAUUAGUGUAGCGAAGGAGCUGGCCCAAGGUAGGCAACUGUCCUUAAUCGGACACUCUGCAGGAGGAUGGCUAGCGCGAGUUUACAUGGAAGAAUACGGGACCUCAAAUAUUUCCUUGUUAUUGACUCUAGGAUCUCCUCUCUUACCGCCACCAAAAGGAAUAUCCGGAGUUAUUGAUCAGACGAGGGGGCUCUUGAGCUAUGUUGAAAAUAAUUGUGCAAAGGCUGUUUAUACCCCAGAACUGAGAUAUGUUUGCGUAGCAGGGAGGUAUAUCCAAGGUGCUCGUUUCUUCGGAAAUGAAGACACAAAUUCUGUAUCCACUAUUCCUGUUCCCGUGCAGCAACCAGCUUCAGAGGUGAUGAUUGAAAAUGGAACAAGUCUUACAGCAACAUCCAGUGGCACUACAUUUCGUGCUCGUUUUGUUGGCCAGGGCUACAAACAGGUUUGCGGGCAGGCAGACGUAUGGGGUGAUGGCGUCGUGCCAGAAGUAUCUGCCCAUCUCGAAGGUGCACUGAACAUAAGUUUGGAUGGAGUCUACCACUCUCCGGUAGGUUCAGAUGAUGAGUCGCGUCCCUGGUAUGGUUCUCCAAGCGUCGUCGACAAAUGGAUAAACCACCUCCUUCACUAGGCCUCAUCAAUUUGUAUUAUUCAUUGACAAAGUUGUCACUAAAUAGAGGAACGUGCUGGUAUUUCUAGCAUUUUAUUCCAGUGCAGAGGAGGAUUAUUAAUUUA